GCUACGAGAAAUUCGAACAUCGACAAGUUACGGCGAUGACGUGAUUAGUAGGUUGGAGCGUCAGUUGCGAUCGACCAGCCAAGUGUUACUAUACAGGGGUUCUUGCAUCCAUUCAGAGACUUGGGCGACCGACAGCCGAGCUUCCAAGAAGUCCCUUGUCUUGAUAUUUGCGGGGGAGCCAUAGGGGUCCUUGGACUAGAAUCUAGGACCGCGUCUAUUUCCGUCCCUAAGCGGAAUUCUAUAGGCGACAGCCAAUAAGAAUUGAUAUAGGCCCAGCGACCGAGCAUCUCGGAGACCAGUAUUCCCUGUCAGCUCAUUAUCAUCAGCUAUGUGAGAAAGUAUGGGUUUUGCAUGUAACCCCCUUUCACGUUUAGACGUUGAUAGUGAACUGCGACAUCGCUGUGAGAAGCGACGCCAUCGGAAAAAAGGACAGACGCCUUUAUGACUUCGUAGGAUGGUUUAUAUAGCUACUAAUAUACCUCGACUUUGUUUUGGAAUUUCUUUUCUUUUCUGUUGUGAGGUUCCAGAGAAAUAAGGGGCCAUGAAAGGCUAUCUAAGGUAUUCAGUACUUAGAGCGUAACAUUAUAGAAAUAUCUAUACACAACUCAAUUAUUAUGGCUCCAGGAAAAAGGCCCAACUUUCUUAUCGCUUUGGCCGAUGAUCUGGGCUUUUCAGAUGUUGGGUCAUUCGGCGGCGAAAUAAACACGCCCAACAUCGAUAAUAUCGCUAAGAAUGGGAUCCGAUUUACGGAUUUCCACGCGGCGGCAGCGUGCUCGCCAUCCCGAGCCAUGAUAAUGACCGGCACGGAUCACCACAUCGCCGGGCUCGGAAAUCUAGUCGAAUGGACUAAUAUAUCCGGCCAGAACGACCCUAAUGGAACAAUGUCGACGGCAGUCCAGCGUGGCAUGCCCGGGUACGAGGGAUACCUCAACGAACGGGUGGUUGCGCUACCUGAGCUACUCCGUGACGCGGGUUACCUGACUCUCAUGUCAGGGAAAUGGCAUCUAGGCUUAACGCCGGAACGAAGCCCGAAAGCUCGAGGUUUUGAGAGGAGCUUUGCACAUCUACCGGCGUGUAGUAAUCAUUAUGGAUACGAGCCCCAGUUAGAGAGCAUGGAUCAAAUACCAGAGUUCAUGACAAUGAGCUUCAUCGCCCUCCACAGCGAAGACGGCGAGUAUGUUAAGAAACUACCUGAGGGGUGGUAUUCUUCAAAUGGAUACGGCGACAAGAUGAUACAAUACUUAAAAGAUUGGAAGAAAAACAAGGAUGAGCGACCGUUCUUCGCCUAUCUCCCAUUCACUGCCCCUCACUGGCCUCUCCAGGCUCCUCAGGAAUACAUCAAGAAGUACCGCGGGGUGUAUGACGACGGCCCCGAUGCUCUCCGUCUGAAGCGUCUCCAACGCCUCAAAGAUCUCGGUAUGGUCCCUCAAGACGUCGAGCCGCACCCAGUUGUAGCCGAUGAAGUUAAACAGUGGAAAGACAUGAGCGACGAAGAGCGAGCGAACUCGUGCCGCGCAAUGGAGUCUUUCGCCGGUAUGGUAGAGUGUAUCGACGCCAACGUCGGGAAGGUUGUUGAUUAUCUUGAGGAAAUCGGCGAGCUGAAUAACACUUUCGUGUGCUUCCUCUCCGACAAUGGUGCCGAGGGCGCCGCCUACGAAGCUUACCCCAUAGUCCAAAGCACCAUGCUUCAGCACCUGAAGAAAUACUACAACAACCACAUCGACAACCUCGGAAACAGCGAUUCAUUUAUAUGGUACGGGCCGAGAUGGGCACAGGCUGCCACGGCACCAAGUAGACUAUACAAGGCAUACACAACCGAAGGCGGCGUCCGGGUUCCGUAUAUGAUGAAGCCCCCAGCGAGUUUCAAUGGGCAAUUCGAACCGGGAAGCAUAACGCACCAGUUCGCGACCGUAAUGGAUCUUGCCCCAACGAUCCUCGAGAUGGCUGGCGUCAAGCACCCGGCGCCGACCUACCAAGGCCGAGAAGUCGUCUCCAUGCGAGGCAAGUCGAUGGUCCCGUACCUGGAAAAGAAGGCGGAAAGCAUCCAUGAGAAAGAAUUUAUCAAUGGAUGGGAGACGUGCGGACGAGCGGCAUGCCGCAAGGGCGACUGGAAGAUCGUCUUCAUUCCCAAGCCCAAGGGCCCCGAGCGAUGGCAACUCUACAACCUCGCGAAGGACCCCGGCGAAGUGCACGAUCUAGCGGAGCAAGAGCCCGAGAGGCUUAAGGAGUUAGUGAAGCUUUGGGAUCAGUAUGUGUUGGAGACGGGCGUAAUACCGCUCUCCCCGGACCUGGGAAAUUGGAUGGCCGCUAUGGAGGAGCAGAUGCCCGAGAACGCGUGGAUCGAGUACGAAUACUGGAAAGAGGGUGCCAGAGAUGACCCUGCAAAAUUCACGAAACAAAUUCCCAGGUUCCAAGGGCAGGUUAAAGCUAUCUGAGCGGGAGUUAUAAACUGCGCUGGCGGUUAUCGAAAUAACUUGAACGAGUCUAUGACAAGGUCAACCAUCAAGCAGCAAAGUUUCAACAAACCACGAAUAUUAUGUAGAGCAAUAGAUACCUACCAAACCUAACUUAGCAAUUAUACUUCUUCCA